AUGAGUCAUCGUUUUUAUUGUUGUUUACAGCUUGAAGUUCACAUUCGUUACCAAUGUCCUGAAGCUGCAGUUACCUGCGAAUACGAGAGCCUGGGAUGCAAGGCUAUGUUUCCAAGAUCAAACACCGAUUCUCAUUCAAAGUCCGAAGUUGAAGGUCAUUUGAGGUUAGCCCUACAUUGCCUUGAGGCCACUCGGUUACAAGUUCAUGAUCUUGUCAGCCUUGUCAAAGAAAAAUCACAGCAGAUAGAGCGAUUGAUGUCCAGUGAUCAAGAAAAGACACAACAGAUGGAGAGAUUGAUGGCUGAAGUUAAAGAACAGUCACUAGAUGUUAAAAGGCUGAUGUCCAAAGAUCAAGAACACUCACAGCAUGUACAAUGGCUGAUGUCCAAAGAUCAAGAAAAUUCACAGCAUGUACAAUGGCUGAUGUCCAAAGAUCAAAAAAAAAUUUACAGCAUGUACAAUGGCUGAUGUCCAAAGAUCAAGAAAAUUCACAGCAUGUACAAUGGCUGAUGUCCAAAGAUCAAGAAAAUUCACAGCAUGUACAAUGGCUGAUGUCCAAAGAUCAUGAAAAUUCACAGCAGAUGCGAGCGACACCAAUGGAUAAAGGAAAGUCAAAAUACAACUUCUUGGGGCGAACAUUGCGCAAAGAUCAAGAAAUGAAACAACCAAUGACAGCUCAAGUUAGGGAACAGUCAGAGCAGAUAAAAAAGCUGGAGAUUGCGAAUGAUCCAUUUGUAUGGAAAGCGCCCCACCUUCAUGCUCUUCUUGGCAAAGCAAAAACAGGGUUUAAACAAGUUUUACU